UUCUCUCUCUGUCGUCUCUCCUCUCUCUCUCUCUCUCGCUCUCUCUCUAAAAUAGGGAUCGAAUGCGAAAGUCUCUGUUUCGAGUGGAUUUUGAAGCCUCUCUUUUUAGGUCGCUGAUGAGCUAAUGAUACCAAUAUUAAAAUUUGCUGGCUUGCCGAAUCUUUGAUGAAACUCUGUGAACUGAUGUUUCGGGAAUUUGUGGGGAUUUGAAAUCAUGAAGAUAUUUAUGAGUUGUUUAUUUGGUUUUGUCGAUUGAGGGCACGGAGGUCUGUAAUUAUAUAUAUAUUUUUUCAUCAGAGUUAUUGUUUGAUUGCUCAAUAAAGAUGUUUGUCGUCAGCCUUUAGCAGUUGUGGUGCUGGGAUUUGCAAAUCACAAGCCCAGAAGCCAGAAAAACAGUGAAGGAAAACAGAAUAUGGGGGAAGCUCUUCUAACGACUUUAUCGAUGGAAAAUUAUCACCCAUCUACACUUCUUUCUAUGGACUCGGGCUCUCUUACACAUGAUGAUCUGGAGAGGGAGAUGAAUCGGUCUGUCAUUCUUUCAAGACCGCCUGAUAUCAAUCUCCCGUUGUCGUCUGAGCCUAGUCCACCUCCUCCCCAUACUUGGAAUGAUCCAUGCGACAUCUUGGAUGUUGGUCUUGGGCAUCAGAUUUACGAGGCUGAGACAAUUGUCAGUAUUCCAAAAGUUGUGAAGAAAUGUACAAAGCGCCUGGAUAGCAUUUGGGGUGCCUGGCUCUUCUUUAGCUUCUAUUUCAAGCCUGUUUUGAAUGAGAAGUCGAAAUGCAAAAUAAUCAGGGAUAGUAAUGGUGUUUCUGGGUUUGAGAAAUCAGAUUUGCAGCUAGAUGCUUUUUUAGUUCAGCAUGACAUGGAGAACAUGUACAUGUGGGUGUUCAAGGAAAGGCCUGAAAAUGCCCUGGGUAAAAUGCAACUGAGGAGCUAUAUGAACGGGCAUUCUCGCCAAGGGGAGCCCCCAUUUCCAUUCAGUGUUGACAGGGGCUUUGUCCGGUCUCAUAGAAUGCAGAGGAAGCAUUAUAGGGGUCUCUCCAACCCUCAGUGCGUUCAUGGUAUUGAAGUUGUUCGAUCACCCAGUCUCAUGAAUCUUGACGAUGAAGAGCGGAAGAGGUGGGUGGAGCUUACCGGCCGAGACAUCAAUUUCUCCAUUCCUCCAGAGGCAAGUGAUUUUGGCUCAUGGAGGAACCUUCCAAGCACAGAAUUUGAGCUUGAGAGGCCCCCACCUGCAUUAAAGAGUAAUGGAAAUGCCCACCCAAGAAAGUUGCUUAAUGGUACUGGUUUGAACCUGUCUACUCAGUCCUCAGACCAUAGCAAUGGAGAAGGCAUUGACUUGUCUCCUAUGAGCAACAAGCGGAAGCAUGGCAGUGAUGAUGAAUUUUUGCAUUCUGUUGAUAUGAAUAUUCACCCAGUUGAGCCAACGUGGUUAAACGAGUUCAGUGGGGUAAUGAAGAAUGUAAAUGGGCCUGUUACAGCAGCAAAAACAAUAUACGAGGAUGAUAAAGCUUUUUUAGUCAUCGUCAGCUUGCCCUUUGCAGAUCUUCAAAGGGUGAAAGUUACUUGGAGGAAUACUAAAUCGCAUGGUAUUGUUAAGAUAUCUUGUAUAAGUACAGCAUGCAUGCCAUUUAUUAAGCGGCAUGAUAGGACAUUUAAGCUAACAGAUCCAACUCCAGAGCACUGCCCUCCUGGGGAAUUCAUUAGGGAAAUUCCCCUCCCUAACCUCAUUCCAGAAGAUGCGAAGCUGGAAGCAUACCGUGAUGAGACCGGAACAGUGCUUGAAAUUAUUGUGCCCAAGCAUCGUGUAGGACCAGAAGAACAUGAAGUUCGUGUAUGCCUUCGCCCCUAUCCUUGGAGUGAAUGAGCAUUUGUCAAUCCGAAAGAGACAUUGGUUUGAAGAUGGGUGGAAGGUAAGCUCACUCGUAGGAAUCGUAAGUCGUAACUUCUUGCUUAUUGCAGAAGGGUUGCUGCCAGUCCCUCCUAAAGGAGAAUGGGUGAGGCUAUCAUUUUCUCUCCAGGGGCUGCAUGAACUGUGGUUGUUCCUAACUUGUUUUGUCUGUCAGUUUAAGAUGAGGCGUAUGCAGACCAGACGGUCUGGUUAUUCUGUUCAGCAAUAGUUUUCUUGUCGUAAAGUGAUCCAUUCCCAUACUAGGUAAGAAGUGGGAACUCGCUUGUUAUGCUGUGAUUUUUUCGUCCACUGGUAAGCUUGGCUGUUCCUUUAUGUGUAGAUAUUUUCCGUCACUGGCCUAUUCACGUGUUUAUUUUCUGUAAGUAUAUCCGCAGUUCUUUAUGGAGGCCAUCGCCAUGAUUUCUGAUCUAUUUAGGAAAAUUUCAUGUUGAACUUAGCUUAA